CUAUUCCAAUUCCAUAUGAAACUUAUAAGUGAUGCUUUCUUCAUGCAGAGAUUGACAUUCUAUGCUUUCAGGCACGAUCGGAGCAGCGUUGAGGACAAAGACAAUGAGGAGGAUGAGGCGGGAGCAGGGGAGGGGGGCGAUGGUGGGCCAACACAGAGCGGCACCAGGGCGGAGGACACAGCCGGCGGGGAAGAGGGACCUUCUCUGGUGAUCACAAAGGAUGAGCUGACUCGUUGCCCCUGCUGCCACCUUGGUGUGUGGACCCCUGUCCGGGUGUCUGAGGCCAGGUACAUCUCGCUCAGUCUCCGCAUGGUCAGCUUCAACGGCCUGAGGUCCCACCCUGGCCACUUCCACCGCACUGUGCCCGCUCACACCAAGGUCCACGGGCUCAUCGGCCAGAUCCGUGGCCACACCGGCAUCCACAGCACCAGCCUGGGCGUCUACAGGGAGCCGUCCACCUCCCCGCAGUCAGCCUUGCCGGCCCAGCUGUCCCUGGAGGAAUGUGGGUUCACCGGUGGGCCCCACCACGCCCCCACCUCCGCCUUCCUCUACUACGAUUACAGCGUUGAGUUCAGUGACUGCCCGAUACUAAACUGCGACCACUACAUCAACUUCAGGAAGCUGUGACGGUCCAGGUGUUAUCGCCACCGAGGUACAGU